AUGAACGAGAUCAAUCUUGGUGUUACUUGCGACAUGCACGUUCACCUAAGAGAUGGUGAAAUGUGCGAACUGGUGACACCUUCUAUUCGGGACGGUGGUGUAUCUGUGGUAUACGUGAUGCCAAAUCUGCAGCCUCCAGUGACUACUGUGGACCGGGUUGUAGCUUACAAGAAGAAAUUGCAGGAACUGGCGCCCGAAACGACGUUUUUGAUGAGUUUUUAUCUUUGCAAAGAUCUGAGCCCGGAGCUGAUCCAUCAAGCAGCGGUCCAAAAGGCAAUUCAAGGUGUCAAGUGCUACCCAGCCGGUGUGACCACGAAUUCCGCUGCAGGUGUAGACCCUAACGAUUUUAGCGAAUUCUACCCUAUCUUCAAAGCCAUGGAGGAGGAAAACCUGGUUCUGAAUCUGCAUGGAGAAAGACCAUCGGUGGGCGAAGAGGGCAACGACAUACACGUCAUGAACGCAGAAGAGUCGUUUUUGCCCGCCCUCCGCAAACUGCACCAGGAUUUCCCAAACCUGAAGAUCAUUUUGGAGCACUGCACCACUGAAGCCGCUAUCAACACCGUAAGAGACAUCAAUAAGGACAUUAAGAGCCCUAAAGAUAUCAGAGUCGCAGCGACAAUUACCGCACAUCACUUGUUUUUGACGAUCGAUGACUGGGCUGGCAACCCCAUCAACUUCUGCAAGCCCGUUGCCAAAUUACCUAGCGACAAAAGGGCUCUUGUUGCCGCUGCCAUCUCUGGCGAGCCAUACUUCAUUUUCGGCUCUGACUCCGCUCCUCACCCUAAGGAAAGCAAAGCCAAACAUAUGGGCGUGUGUGCCGGGGUUUUCACACAGUCUUUGGCAAUUCCAUACGUGGCAGAAGUAUUUGACGCGCAAAACGCACUGGACAAACUGAAAGGCUUUGUCUCGGACUUUGGUUUGUCUUUCUACGGUGUCAAACGUGAAGAUCUCAAAGGCCAAGAGGAAGUUAUUCUAUACCGGAAGGAUCAAGCAGUGCCCGACGCUCUAUCCAACAACGAGAAGCUGGUGGUACUACUUUUCAAGCCCUGUGAUAAAUUGAAAUGGUCUGUCAAGUGGUCAAAGCCAAAUUGA